GACAACUAGUAUGGUAGUUUGGUAAGCGGGGUUGAGUACAGAAGGUGAAGUUAAGAAACUAAUAAAAAUUGAUAUUUAAAUCAUCAUUCACGCAUAAGUAUAUAAUUAAUGAUUUAAAUAUACACAUAAUAAACACUGGAUCGUAUGUGACACAACUAACGUAAAUUAGUGAAGUCCCGUAGCUGACGCCAUUUUGUAUUUACAUAUUUGGAAUACAAAGUAAAAUUAUUGUAAAUGGAACUUGGGAAAAAAAGGUAUAAGGGUGGUCGGACACCUUCAGUUAGGUCAAGUGAUAGGCGACGUCCUCAAAGUUUUUCAACAUCAUCUACACUCUCCCCGCGGGUUGUGUUAUCUCGUUUGGAACCCAGAGAUUUUGAACGCCUUCGAUUAUCGUACAAAGUUGCUAUUGACCAAAGGAGAUCUCGAAGCUGCCGUGGCAUGAACAUGGGUCAAAAAAUUAGUGGCGGCGUUAAAACAGUUAACCGUAAUGAUUCUCAGGCAACGUUUAAACCAAUUAUACCAAGAGAGCUACAAGCCGAUUUCCUUAAACCUGCUCGGAUCGAUAUUUUGCUGGACAUGCCACCCGCAAGCCGAGAGGUUCAAUUAAAGCACUCGUGGAACUCUGAAGACAGAUCUUUAAACAUAUUUGUUAAAGAAGACGAUAAAUUGACAUUUCACCGACAUCCUGUUGCGCAAAGUACUGAUUGCAUUCGCGGAAAAGUUGGUCUUACAAAAGGAUUACAUGUAUGGGAAAUUUAUUGGCCAACAAGGCAAAGGGGUACUCAUGCGGUAGUUGGUGUAGCAUCAGCCGAUGCUCCGUUGCACUCUGUAGGGUACCAGAGUUUAGUAGGAUCUACUGAGCAAAGCUGGGGUUGGGACCUGGGCAGAAACAAAUUGUAUCAUGACUCGAAAAAUUCAGCUGGUAUCACAUAUCCGGCAAUUUUAAAGAAUGAUGAAGCUUUUUUGGUUCCAGACAAGUUCUUGGUUGCUUUAGAUAUGGACGAGGGCACUUUAAGCUUUAUUGUUGACCAGCAAUAUCUUGGUAUUGCAUUUAAAGGCCUAAAAGGAAAGAAGCUGUAUCCCGUAGUUUCUGCUGUAUGGGGACACUGCGAGAUAACGAUGCGUUAUAUCGGUGGAUUAGAUCCCGAACCUUUGCCAUUAAUGGAUCUUUGUCGAAGGUCAAUUCGACAGAAAAUUGGUCGAGUAAAUUUGGAAGAUCGCAUACAACAACUUCAGCUUCCGCAGUCUAUGAAAACGUAUUUAUUGUAUAAGAACCGUAGAUAAUAUUUUUAAAUCGGGAUUAUGUAAGUUAUCAUUUUGCAUCUCUGCUGCAUGUGAUGGGGGAAGUUAAGGUAAAUAGUUUUAGUUCGUAAUAGUCUUUAAAUCAAUGUUAGUUUUUGUCGUCAAGGAACAAAAUAUAAAAGUAUAUAAUUUUUUAACUAUA